UGCCCCUGUGCCCAAAUGCUCAGCCCUCCCCAGAGCCAGGGCUCACCUAAUCCCCACAGUGGGAGUCGGGGGGCAUUCGCGCCUGUGCCGAUGUCUAGGGUUGCACGGCUGUGACUUCACACUCUGCAGCAUGUGCAGCUGAGGCCUUGGUGCAGCAGUCUUUGCGAGGCGGGUAGCGAGGUCAGCUUGGCAGCUACCUCUUCUGCAGCACGGAUCGGAUCGGGCCUCAGGCAGCUGGUGCCCCAGGACCAGAGGAGGGGAUGGCUGAACAAGAAGCAAGUGGGCUGCAGGUCCUGCUGCGCACGCUUCAGAGCUCCUCUGACAAGGUAUCUAUCCUGACCAUCCUAAAGGUCCUUGGAGAUCUUCUUUCUGUUGGCACAGAUAGGAGGAUUCAUUACAUGAUCAGCAAAGGUGGUAGUGAAGCCCUUCUGCAGACUCUGGUGGACACUGCAAGGGCAGCUUCUCCUGACUAUGACAUUCUCCUGCCUCUCUUCAGACUGCUGGCCAAAGUUGGCCUUCGAGAUAAAAAGUUUGGACAGAAGGCACUGGAAUUGGAAGCACUUGAUGUGACAUUAAUUCUAGCCAGGAAAAACCUGUCCCAUAGCCAGAACCUCCUGCACUGUCUUUGGGCUCUGCGUGUGUUUGCCUCCAGUGUAACCACAGGAGCCAUGCUGGGAAUUAAUGGAGCCAUGGAACUGCUUUUCAAGGUCAUUACACCUUACACCCGAAAGCACACACGAACAAUCAGGGCAGCCACUGAAGUUUUGGCAGUACUGCUGAAAUCCAAGUCUAACAGCCGCAGGGCGGUGAACAGAGGCUAUGUCACCAGCUUGCUCAGACUGCAUCAGGACUGGCACAACCACGACACCGUCAACAUCUUCGUGAUGAUCCGUCGGGGGCUUCUACUCUGUCUCCAGCACAUCGCCACCUUCCGGUCRGGCAGGGAGGCCUUCCUGGCGGCCCAGGGCAUGGAGACCCUGUUCAGCAUUACACAGAAUUGCCUGGACAACAAGGGCAUGGAGCCUGUCAUCUCUGUCAUGCUGCAGAUCCUGAGGCAAUGCUACCCAGUGAGUCCACUUCCUUUGGUCACACCCAGCAGUGCCUAUGCCUUCUCAGUCCCUGGGAGCUUCACCCCUGAGCCUCCAUGUGCUCUAUCUGAAGAAGAUUUUGAAGAUGAUGGUGAUGAAGAGGUGGACAAAGACUCGGAUUCUGAGGAUGUGAAAGAGGAAUAUGAUGACUUGGAAACUGAUGUGGACAAGCUGAGUUCCAAGCCUGGGCUUGACCGACCUGAAGAGGAACUCAUGCAAUAUGAGGCAAUGUGUCUGGAGCUCUCCUAUAGCUUUCAGGAACUAGAGUCCAAAUUUGGAGAUGAUGCAAACUUUGAAGACUCUCAGAACACCAAUCACCACCACAUUCCCACUGCUGCCUCCCCAAAGCAGCACUGCUUGAAGAAGGACCAAACCUCCUGGGGGCAAGAAAAAGAAGACACAGUCCAGACUUCUCUCCUGAGCAUGGUGAAGAUGGGAAGGUCCUCCAAGAAAAGACCCAUAAAGAACAUACACCACGAUGUGCAAUCCAAUGGUCUUGGCAUAGAUUCUCUUGGAAACGAUAUCCCUGACAUUCAGACUUCCCCAAAAGAGGAUGGUUGGGACAUAGAAGCUAUUUCUUGCCCAAGGAUGAGUGCCUCCUUUUCCAAUUCCUCUACUCCUARAGAAGCUGGUGAAGCAAUAGAUAAACUUCUGCACCUACAUCCCAAGCAUAUCCCUUUCCAUGAUCCCUGCCUUUAUAUGGCCAAAGCCAGAAGAACCAGGUCUGUGGUGGACUUCAAGAUGGUGGCAUUUCCUGAUCUCUGGGGGCACUGUCCACCUCCCUCUGCCCAGUACAUGUUGGAACGCAAAUGUGGAGUCCAGAGGAUCAAGAUAUUUGAGGAUGUCCGAAGGUUCAUCCAGCCAAAUGAUAUUAUAAAUAAAGUUAUCUUUAGUUUAGAUGAGCCUUGGCCUUUGCAAGACACAGCUUCCAGUUGCCUAAGGUUCUUCUCCAAGUUUGAGUCAGGAAAUCUUCGCAAAGCCAUCCAAGUGCGUGAGUUUGAGUAUGACUUGCUGAUCAAUGCUGAUGUGAACAGCUGCCAGCACCAGCAAUGGUUCUAUUUCAAGGUGAGCGGUAUGAGAGCCAACACCCCUUACCGCUUCAACAUCAUCAACUGUGAGAAGCCCAACAGCCAGUUUAAUUAUGGGAUGCAGCCAACCCUGUACUCUGUGAAGGAGGCUCUUCUUGGCAGACCCAGCUGGAUACGGACAGGCAAUGAGAUCUGUUAUUACAAAAACCAUUAUCGCCAGAGGGCAGCUGCCACCGRUGGGACAUCUGGGAAGUGCUAUUAUACCCUCACCUUUGUGGUCACCUUCCCACAUGAUGAGGAUGUCUGCUACCUGGCCUACCACUAUCCCUACACCUACUCAGCCCUCAUGACUCACCUCGACAUCUUGGAAAAAAGUAUCAACCCUAGGCAAGUCUACUUCCGGCAGGAGGUUCUCUGCCACACUCUGGGAGGGAACCCAUGUCCAUUGGUGACCAUCACAGCCAUGCCAGAGUCCAGCAGCACUGACCAUCUGGAGCAGUUCCGACAUCGUCCCUAUCAGGUGAUCACUGCUCGAGUCCACCCAGGAGAGAGCAAUGCCAGCUGGGUGAUGAAGGGGACCUUGGAGUUCCUGGUCAGCAGUGACCCUGUGGCAAGGCUUUUGAGGGAAAACUUCAUUUUCAAAAUCAUCCCUAUGCUCAAUCCCGAUGGUGUCAUCAAUGGCAAUCACAGAUGCUCACUGAGAGGGGAGGACUUGAACAGACAGUGGCUCUCUCCCCAAGCGCAUCUCCAACCAACCAUUUACCAUGCAAAAGGACUCCUUCACUACCUGUGCAGCAUUGGCCGGAGUCCCGUGGUCUUCUGUGAUUUCCAUGGCCAUUCCCAAAAGAAGAACGUGUUCCUCUAUGGUUGCAGUGUCAAGGAGACCCUGUGGCAAGCAGGCUGCACCGUGAGUGCAUCUACUCUCUUGGAGGAUGUCAGCUACAGG